UUCCCGGCUCAGUGGCCAGUGGCCAGUGGCCGGCGGAGCGCGCGUCGCGGGAGCGCGGGAGCGUGUGCAUCUGUCAAUGAACGUGGGAUUAGCAGCGACAGCAGCCAGUAUCAAGGCUGUGUUGCCCCCCAGUGGGACUAAGUGGCUGCCAUUGCAUCUACGUCUUCAUACCCAUUCGCGCCACUAAGCUUCUACUCACGUUUCCGCCACUAUACUAUAGAUAGUUGUCAAACGCUGACCGGACGAAAGCAGAGCAGCCAUGGCGGCUGAGGAGGAGCCCGAUGCGCUUAAGAUAUACUGGGAGCACUUCUUCAAGUCUGAAACCGGUACAUACGAGAAAUCAACGUGGCUAGAUUUAUUUCUGGCCGAAUUCUUGCUACGAGUCAACGAUGGCGCUAAUCCCAAAGAGUUAAUAAAAUUUUGCCCCGUGAGCGGCGUGGUGACGCUGGUGGGCUGCGAGCUGCUGUGCGGGCUGCACCGCGUGACGUCAUCCAUCACCGCGCACUUCCCCGCGCCGCUGCCGCCGCCGCCGCCGCCGCCGCCGCCGGAGGCAGAAGCCGGCGGCCUGCUCGAUUCUACAGAGUCGGAGUCGCCACCGGAGGCGCGGCCGGGCAGCCUGUUCUCGCGGACCAACGCGCAGCCGGCGGCCGAGACGCUGCGCCGCUACCUGCUGGGCGGUGUGGCCUGGCGCUGCCUGGCGUUGCUGCGCGCGCUGGGAGUCGAGGGACUAUCCUGUUGCCGGCAACUGAGCUCGGUGCUGGUGUGGGUGUUCGGCGAGCUGACGGCUCCCUCGGCGCUCCCCGCGGGCCCCGCCCACACGCCGCUCCGCGCCGCUCCUGCGCAUUGCUCGCCAGCGCCGUCGCGCGUGCCCAUACACCAACUCUUCUCCAACAAAAUAUGGUCCAAACAAAAACCCUCGGGAAAUACGGCGCCUAAAAUCAACACGACAAACACAUCGGAAAAAGGCUCCACAACGGGAAGAUCACGACAUAAAUCGGAAACUAGUGAGAGAUCAAAACGAAAGUCUAUAAAAGAGAGCGAGCCGUCGUCGGAGUCGGGGGACACCAACGACGAGCUGCAGGUCCUGAACCGCUCGCUCACCAUCAAGGUGUGCUCGCCGGCCGACGACUUCGACUACUUCACGUCGCCGCUGCGCUCGCCCGCGCCGCCCGACCCCUGCGAGCCCUACCACUCGCCGCGCCGCGCCAGGCCCAAGGCCGACGACUUCAUGACCGACAGGCACCGCGAACUACUCAACGCGGACGUCUCCGCCUUCGAGUUCAUCCUCAUGAUCACGGACCUGCUGCAGGAGCUCUGCCGCGCCGAGAGCAGCCUCUCGGGCUCCGAGGGCUCGCAGAUAUCCGUCCAGUGCAUAAACUUUUCCCUGCGAAACCUCUGCUCGCUGCAGUUCACCUCCGGGUCCGGGGCCGCCGCGGGGCAGAACGAGGAGGAGGUGUCCAGGAUCAAGGUGGCGCUCACGGAGCUCCUCAUGGUGGCGCUGGACAAGGUGCUGAUACAUUCCGACCUCUGCGCCAAACUGAUCAACAACGGAAUCCUGCCCAUGCUGCUGCGACUGCUCGAGGACGUCAUUUGCAAAUGCAGCACAAAGUACCAGACGAAAACCGACACCCCCAACCGGGCCAAAAUUGAGACGCCCAGCCAGGCGGAGGCGAACGAUUUGCUCAAAUUCGUGUUCGGGAUCGCGUACUCGAUCCUCGCCUUCUUCCACUGUCUCCUGAUGCAGUGCCGGACCGUCGACAAGCUCCGGGAGUUCACCGACCAGUUCAAGCUGUACAGCGAGUGCCUCAAGGGCGGCCUGCUCAAGGACUGCAUCGAGCUGAUGAUCCGCAUCCCCGGCGUCGACGAGGACGAGGCCGUCGCGCUCAUCAGGAGGCUCGUCGAGGCCGCCGCGCGCCUCGUGGCCGCCAUGAAGCGCGUGCGCAGCCGCGUGCUGCACGCCGCCGCCUGCGCGCGCGCCCGCCACCGCGCCUGCGCCGCGCGCGUGCGGGCCGGCGCGCACCACCACCACGACGCGCUCGGGCCCGCGCGCGCCGGCCCGCCCGCCGCCUGCUGCGUGGCCGUGCUGUACGCCGCGCUGGCCGCGCUCGCCGCCGACCCCGCGCUGGCCCUGCACGCGACCGUCGGCCACCUGCUGCGCGUGACGCCGCGCUGCCGCGCCGAGAUGAAGCGCGAGCUGCUGUUCGGCGUGAUCUACCCGACGUUCAUCGUCGCGAAGCACCGCUACGCGAUCCGGCUCGAGGAGUCGGCGUACUUCCUGACGGCGUCGUGCCUGAACAUCUUCGCGAGCCUGCUGAACGCGGUCCCGUUCGCGGAGCAGUUCAUCCAGAAGGGCGGGCUCAGCUACGUGCUCGAGCUGGUGUCGACGCCGGAGUUCUCGAACCAGUGCUGCGCGAUCCUCGAGAUAGCGAUAGUCGUCGAGAUCUUCAAGCUGACGCGCGACGACCCGGACGCGUCGCCGCGCCGCGACGUCGGGCAGCUCGCGUCGGUGCGGAUGCUGUUCAGGUCGCUCGCGGAGAUGAACGACAAGUUCUACAGGAUAUACCGGCUGAGGCUGCCGGAGGAGGAGUUCGCGAGGGCGUGCGACGCGAGCGAGGAGACGGCGGCGCUGGGGCUGGCGGGGCCCGCGCGGGCGCCCGAGGCGCGCGGGGCGGAGGGCGCGGAGUCGGUGGAGUGCGUGGAGGACCACGUGGAGGUGCUAAAGACGGUGGGCACGUUCUGGCGCACGUGCGCGACGCUGUGCGUGUGCAGCCCGUGGUUCCGCGCGGCGGCGGCGGGCGCGGCGCUGCGCGACAGCUGGGCGCUGCUGCGGCUGGCGCUGCUGGGGCUGCGCGGCGGCGCGGGCGCGGGCCGGCGCGCGCUGGUGCGCCUGCUGGAGGCGCUGCUCACGGUGCACUUCGCGCUGGCGGAUGUGACUGGGGGCCGGUCUGCGAGGCUGAGCUGCGAGCUGGUGCGGGCGGCGCUGGCGGCGCCCGGCGCGCUGGGCGACGAGGGCUCGGGCGCGGGCCUGCGCGCGCUGUGCGAGGCGCUGCUGCGGGUGGCGGCCGCGCGCGCCAGCCCGCGCCACUGNGCUGGGGCUGCGCGGCGGCGCGGGCGCGGGCCGGCGCGCGCUGGUGCGCCUGCUGGAGGCGCUGCUCACGGUGCACUUCGCGCUGGCGGGCAAGAGCUUGAGAUGGAACUUAAAAGAGAGAAGGAAAACUUUAAUAAACAAAAGCCAAAGCCAAGUGGUCAAUUAGAUUACGAAAAGGUGCCGCCGCUGCUGUGCGCGUCGGGCAGCAGCUCGGCCGACGGCUCGUCCAGCGACGCCAGCGCGGGCGCCGUGCGCGCCAGCGACCUCAGCGACGGCGCGCGACCCGACGAGGGAUACGAGGCAGAUGUAGAAAUCGGCAAUUUGGACAUUGUGGCUGAAAAAGCAAGAAGGCUAUCAUCGUCAUUACCGCUCAGUGACAGCUCUUUUGUGAGCGGCACGGCGGGCGAGGCGAGCGGCGUGGGCGGCGACGCGAAGGGCGCGGCGUGCGGCGCGUACGCGGCCGGCGCCGAGCUGGCGCACCCCGAGCUGUGCGUCGUCGUCGUCGACAUCCUCACGCAGAUCGUCGCCAAUUCGUGGGAUAUGAAGUUCAUCCACAAUAAGGAAAUGGCUGGGCUGGGCAGGGCAGAAAACUCCGACACCGCGAUGCAGGAUUUGAGCGGGACGGCGGGCGAGGCGAGCGGCGUGGGCGGCGACGCGAAGGGCGCGUGCGGCGCGUACGCGGCCGGCGCCGAGCUGGCGCACCCCGAGCUGUGCGUCGUCGUCGUCGACAUCCUCACGCAGAUCGUCGCCAAAGUGCUAGCAGGCAUAGAGGACAAGAGCAUGCCUCCCGAGGAGGUGUCGCGCCUGGCGGGCGUGGGCGCGGGCGUGGCGCGUGCGUGCGGCGCCCGGCUGGCGGGGGCGCGCGCGCCGCUGCUGCGCCGCGUGCUGGCGCCUCCAGUGGCCGCGCUGCUCACGCGCCCGCACGAGCCGCCGCUGCAUGAACUGCAACGCAGCGUGCUAGAGCUGAUCCACGUGCUGGCGUCGUCACGCCUCGAAGCAGGCGCGCUGGCGGCGCUGCUGGGCCUGUUCCUGGGCGACGCGCCGCCGCUGGGAGCCCUCCUGGGCGCGCUGUUACGCCUGGCCACCCCGCGAGCCGUCACGCCCGACGCGCUGCUCACCUUCCCCACCGUGCGGCAUCAAGUGUCAGAGCCAGUGGCGCCGCUGACGGUGGAGAUGAGCAACAUGUCGCUGGGCCCGGUCUCGGUGCAGAGCUACCACGCCGAGGCGCUCGCCAAGCGUCUUUGUGACGCGCACAUUGCGGCAGGCAUCCGGUCGGCGUGGUCGUGCUGCGCAGCACGCUGCGGCGUGGAGGGCGCGGGCUGGGCGCCGUGGGCGGGCGGCUUCGCGCUCGCCGCCUGGCUGCGCGCCGCGCCCGCACACGCCGCUACUAACGCUCAUGCGAGGGAACCCUCCAACUGGGACGACGUAGACGAGUGGCAGGAGGAGUCGGGGUCGUCUGCGCCGGCGCCGGAGACUCGCAGCAGCGGCGCGCUGGCGCACGUGGUGUCGCUGGGCACCGACUCGCUGCUGUUCGAAGUCUGGCUCGACGUGCGCGCGGGCUCGCUGGUGUUCCGGCUGUCUCGGCCGGAGGCGGCUGGCGGCGCGGCGAUGGCGGAGGCGCGGCUGGAGACGGGCGCGCGCGCGUGGGCGCACCUCGCGCUCAACGUGCACGAGCGCGUGCACAAGCGCCGCAUACACGUGCAGGUUACAGUCUUCAUAAACGGACUUGAGCUGGAUACUAUUACACUACCAUUACAAGGCAUCCUAGUCCGCAAAGUAUCUCCCACCAACCUGCUACUGGGCUGGGCGCCGGCGGACGCGAGCGGAGCGGAGACGGGCGCGGGAGCGGACGCGUACCACCUGGCGGGCGUCAGCGUGUACCGCGCGCCUCUACUCAGCACAUACACCGCGCUACACUUGGCUGCACACGGGCCGGAUAACUCGUGCUACGUACGAUGCGAGUCUCCACACUUUGCUUCAGUACUCACGCCGAACAUACUCGACUCAAAUAUCGAUUGGGACCAGGUAUUUGACCUGCCGAGCAACGUGCUGCGAGAACUACACGACAACUUGCUGUUAACGUUCGCGGCGCACGCGCCGGCCGUCGUCAACCUCUACCACCAAUCCACGCUCAAUGUGCCCACCGUGUUCGGCAGCCGCGUAUCGGGCGGCGGGUCGCUGGGCGGCGCGGGCGGCGCGCCGGAGGCGGUGGGCGUGGCGUGGGCGGGCGCGGCGCUGCCCAGCCGCCACGAGGGGCUCGCGCCCGCCCUGCACGCGCUGGGCGGGCCCGAGGUGCUGCUCUACCUCUACGCCAGGGUGGUGGAGCUGGACGGGUCCCCGACGGAGCAGGCGGCGGCGCUGCGGCUGCUGCUGCGUGCGGCCGGGCUGGACGCGCGCCUGCACGCCGCCGCGCUGGCGCCGCCCACGCUCGACAUGCUGCUCGUCGUGCUCGCCAGCCCCAAGUGCCACGUGGGACACCACCUGCUGCGGGUGGUGCUGGAGGAGGCGUGCAGCGCGCCGGUGCUGGCCCUAGGUGCAGGCGGGUCGCUGACGGUGCUGCGCUCGGGCGCCGCGCUGCUGGAGCCCGCGCUGUUCGCGAUGCUGCUGCGCGCCUGGCCGCAGCUGGACUCAUCGCCGGAAGUGACAUGGGAGGUGGAGGGCGUGGGCGCGCGUGCGCAGGGCUCGGCGUGGGCGCUGCUGCUGGCGUGCGGCGCGAGCCUGCUGCGCGCACAGCACCCGCUGCGCCGCUUCAACGCGCACCAGGCCGCGCGCGCCGACCUGCUGCGACACCUGCUGGUGGCUUGCAAGGAGAGGUUCCUGAACUCGGACUGCCCGCCGCUGAGCGCGGCCACCAGCAACACGCUGGUGGAGCUGGUGGGCGCGCUGCUGGGCGCGCCGCCGCUGCUGCCGCACGUCGCGCUGCUGGCAGACUUCUUGCUGCUCAUGCACCAGGCCAGCGACACGUUUGUAACCCACUCGCGCGCCAACUUCUACUUCCUGCUCACUCCCGAGACGCAAGAGAUGAGCGACUUCAACACCAACUCUCUGAAGAAGAAGCCUUCGCGGCGGCGGCGUCAGGAGCGAGCCAGUGUCACCAGCGCCCCAGCUGAGGGUGCCCCUGUGGAUAGCGCCCCUUCAGAUAGUGCCCCUACGGAACCCGGCGAGCCGCGGGACACGGGGCAGCUCACAGAUACCGACGCUGAGAAGACGGACCCUGACAGUAGCGUGGACUCCACCAAGAAGAUGAAGGGCAUCAUCAACUCUCAGAUUAAGGAAAACCAAAAAACAACGGACACAUCUUCAGUAACGGAAACCUCAGACCCGCCGCCAGCAGUAGAGCGGGCGCGGGCGGGCGCGCGCGACGCCGACCUCACGGAGUACAUUGUUGUAGAUGUCGACGACGUCAGCCACACCACCGUCGACCUCUACACCGGCGGGAUAUACCACCAGCGGCGGCUGCGCGCAGGGGCGGAGCCCGGCUGGACGGCGUGCGAGGGGCUGCUGCUGCUGCUGCGCGACGCCGUGGCCGUGCUGCCCGACGACCAGCUCGCGCAGGCGCUGUGCGGCGCCGUGUCGGUGGAGAGCCUGAUCGUGCUGGCCAACCACCGCAGCGGCAGCGUGCGCGCGGCCCUCGUGCGCGUGCUGGCCGCGCUGCAGCGCCGCGACCCGCCCGACCUCGCGCGCAAGCUGCGCCACCAGCACUACCUGCUGCACCUCGCCAACCAGAUAUCGUUGUACGAAGGCACGUGGGAGCUGGCGGAAGCUUGUGCUGCUCUACUUACAAAGUGCGAUGUUCCUCUUGAAGAUCAACUGGACGAAGACAUCUGGGUGGAGGCGCGCGACGAGUGGACGUGGCGCGCGGCGCCGCUGCUGGCGCUGCUGCCGUGCUGCCUGCGCUGCGUGCCGCUCGCGCACAACGUGGCGCGCCUGCUCGUGCGCCUCGUGCACGUGGUUUAA